CUUUUGUAUUUUUUUUUCAUUUCACAUUACUUUAUGGGUGCAUAGAAUAUUUAAUUAACUAUUGGUACUAUUAUAGCUGGUAUAUAUAUUAUUUAUUAAUUCAUAAUUGUGUAUUUGUGUCUAUGCGUUUCUCAUUAAAGUGUAGAAUACAUUCCAACCACUGAAUAAUACCGCGAAUGCCAUAUUCUUUAGAUGUAAUCUAUUCGUGGAGUGACGUUGAGUUUUGCUGUUGCUGAUGACAAGUUUGUAUGUUUGGGUUUUGUUGACCGUCGCUACGAAAAUAUAUACUACGGUCUUAUCAUGUACUUAAGCGCCUGAGACCUGAGAGUCUUGUGGUGUCCAGUGGACUCGUUGCAGCUACGACGAUUGCGCUACGCAAGAUGGGCGGCUGCUUCAGUUGUCAGAGGGGCUCGUCCGGUAAGAAGGACAUGACUGGCUCACCGUCCAAUGCUGGCAACAAUAAGGAUUCCAUAUCUCCAGCCAUACCUAGUGUGCCCAUACAGAACAUGCCGCCCCAUGAUAAUAUUCGCGAGAUCAGGAAUGGGCCGAUGCCACCAGUGCCCGAUCAAGAGCCAUCAAACGCCACAAAUGCGUCGGCAAAAAUAUUUGUUGCACUUUAUGAUUAUGAUGCACGCACCGAUGAAGACCUGAGCUUCAGAAAGGGUGAGCAUUUGGAAAUACUCAAUGACACCCAGGGGGAUUGGUGGCUGGCCAGGAGUAAAGCCACCAAACAAGAAGGUUACAUACCCUCUAAUUAUGUGGCCAAAUUAAAGUCUAUUGAAGCUGAACCGUGGUACUUUGGCAAGAUCAAACGGAUCGAAGCUGAAAAAAAACUACUAUUACCAGAAAAUGAUCAUGGAGCAUUUUUAAUUAGAGAUUCAGAGAGUAGACGAAAUGAUUACUCAUUAUCUGGUAAGAAAUUGAACAUUGAUUUAUUUAUUAUUAUUGUUAUGUAUACCAUACAUGCUACCGUUGCUAAUUGCAAUUACAAUUGCAAUUGUAUACUUUUAAUAAUUGUUUUAUUUAUUACAUAUUUAAAAUUUUAAAAUAAGAUAGGUGAAUUUUAACGAAAAGUAUUUUGGUGGAUCUGUGGAUAUGAUUAUUAAAAUGUCUGGGUAUAAAAUAUUCAAAAAUAUAAAGAUACUUGUUAUAAGUUGAUGUUUGAAUAUCUAUACAUUCAAAAAUCAUUGAACUAGGUAUCUAUGUCCUACAGUAUUAUAAAAAACAAAAAAUACACCUAAAUAAAGAUUAUACCUAUUAUUGUGCUAACCUAUUAUAAAAAUAUUUUGAUGUAUUUAAUUCUUUAGACAUUUGGGAAUAAUAUUUCUGUUGGUAGGUUUUUUUAAGUACAUAUUUAUCGAAUAAAAUUGGAACAUUUAUAUGAAUAGUUUUUUACAACGAAUACAAAUUGUAUAAAUAACAUAAUUAUCUAGGUAUGUGAGUUUUAAUCAGUACCUAAUUAUAUUAAACAUUUAAUUAUUGGAACCAAUUAUGUCUAUUGAAUAGCAAUUAUUAAAGUGUUUCGUUUCACUAUUCUCAUCUUGAUUAAUAGCCAAACAUUUAUAAGAAGGUUUAUCCAAAAUAUCCUAAUGACUUUAUUUAUUAUUUAGUACCUAUAUUUAACUGUACACUAUUAAGUAUUAAUAUAAUACAAGUUAUUAUAUUUGUUAUUCUUUUAAAUCAUAAUAUUUAAUUUUGAAUGCACGAGUUGUUUUAUUUAAUUUCCUUAUUAAGUUACUAAAUUCACUUGAUUUUUAACUAUAUUAUCUAAUACUUAAUAAUAAUAAUCAAUUAGAUCUCAUUAUUAAGAGUUAGUCUCUAAUUAUUUUUUUUGUUGACAAUAUUAUGUCAUGAAUUCAUAAUAAGUGUUCAUGGUUACUAAAUUGUCUACUGUUCAAAUAACUCAUAUUGUUAAAACUUUGUGACCUUUAUGGAGUAUUCUUGAAUUAGGGAAUAUUUUUAAUGUCUCACAAAUUUAGUAUUAAUAUAGUAAUUUGUAUAAAUUGUCCAAAAUUUGUAUAUAUCUACUUAAAAAUUGAAAUUAUGUUAUUUAUUUCACAAGAUAUUUAAAAAAAAAAAAAAAAAUAUUUUGUCGAUUCUAUAUAUUGAGAGAUAUAUUGUAAAUUUAGGUUGUUAUAGCAGUUAAUCAAAUUUUAUUUAAAUACCUAUUUAUUAUUCAACUGUAGAUAUAACUUAGGGUGCACUGGUAUAAUAUUUCAGGUUAGGACAUUUUUUUUACUUGAUAAUAUUGUCUGUUUUAUACAUGUGACACUUAAUAUAUAAAGAACUAUACAAAAUCUAUCAUAGGCAUUAUUUAUUACUAGUAGAACAACUACUAAUACUUUUCAUUUAUGUGAAUAAAACUGUUUUUGAUGCAUAAAAAUAUUCAAACAUUUGAUACAAUUUUGUCAUAAGUUUUAAUAGUAAACCAAAAUAACAGUUUUGAGUGAAAUUCAGUUAAACGUGGUUUUUAAUGCAAUGAUGUUUCACAGUUUUCAUUAAAUUGUUCUUUAUGUAUUGAUUUUUAGUUAGGCCAUGGAUAACUGGGUCGGUAUACCCUUGGACUGACAGUAAGUAGGAAAACAUAUCAUGUACAAAAAAAAGUUUAUUAUUAUAUUCAACUUACAAAAAAGUUAUUAAAGUUAAAAUAAAAUCAAUGUAACUUUUGAUAUUGUUUUUCUCCCACAAGAGAGUCACUGAUUAAGUAGGUAUAGAGCAACGUGCCGAGCACAAUAAAAUAUGAUAAAAAUGACAAAAAUAUUCUAUAAUAUCUACUAGAUAAGAAAACAAUCUUUACAAUUGUAUGAUAGUGAUAAUUGUGGGGUUAUUAAUAAAUGUUGAUUGAAAUAUUAGUUGCAUUUGUAUUAUAAUAAUAUAAACAAUAUAACAUUUGUCGACCCUUGGCUAAUAAUCUUGAUCUCAACCCAGUACCAUGUUGAUCACAGCCCAUGGGUUGAAAACUGCCGUUUUAGUUUAUUUAAAUAUUUGUAUUUUAGGUUUUUGUUAAAUUUGUUUUAGAUUCUAAACAAAGUGAGAAAUUUAUUUUACUAUGAUGUGUACCAUUUUGUUUUUUAUUUCUGUUUAAAUAAUUUCUCUAUAAGAAAUCUUUCUCCGAUUAUCAAUUUUAGGAGUGGUUUCUGGUAGUAAAUUUUGUCUAGUUUGUGCAUUAGGGGAGGGGGUCAUUUUUUGAUUUUCCCUCAUAGUUUUCAUAACUAUUAGGAAAAAAAUGUAUGCAAUAAUGAUUUAGUUAUCCGCAAUUUCUACAGAAUACUUAUGUUAGCUUUUUCUAGAUGUGGUACAAUUUUAAAAAUAUUUUAGUAAUUUUUGUGGUAUUUUUGAAUUUUCAAGUAUUUUUAGUUUAUAUUUGGUUUUUUUGACUCUCCAAAAAUGGUCUAAAAUUUAACAGAAAGUUAAUUUUAAGUUGUACUUAGUUGUAAAAUCAAAAAUAUUAAGCAAAAUGUACUUAUUAUUUUUUUUUUGAGUGUAGGUCUAAAUUUCGAUUUUCAUCAAAAUUUAAAACAUCAUAUUUUAUAACAUGUUUGAUCAAUUUUUGUUCAGAUUCUUUUUUGUGAAACAAUAAAUAUAUUGUUUACACACAUAAUUUAAAUUAUUUUAUAUAUUAUUUUACAUCCCUAACUUCCCACCUACAACAGCAGCGGUAUACUCAUAUGCUCAAUAAGCUAAUUAUAUGUUUUAAAGUAAUUUAUAAUUUAUAAAUUUAAUUUAAUAUUUUCUUUAUCCAAAAUAUUACAUUUUGGUAUGUAGACACAUACAUAUUAUAUUUUAAAGUGGUUUAAUUUAUACCAAUUAUUAUUCAAUUUAAUAUUUUAUGUAUAUAGUUAUGACCUUCAUAUUAUUUUGUUUAUAAAUAAUGUACUUAUACCUAAGUAUUAAAUAACAUGUUAAGUAAAAAUGAUAUUAAAUUGGUUGCAUUUAUAGUUUAGAUACCUAUAAUAACAAUAAUAAUUAAUAAUUUAAUUUGUUUAUAUAACUAAACUAAUUUAAACAUCAAUACCUAUUACUUUGAAAAGUUCGUUAAUUUCAAAAUUUUCUACAAAAUAUUGUAUUUACAAUUUGAUUAAUUAUCUUAAAUGUUUGAAUGAUGUAGAUAUUUAUUUAUUUUUAUGUUUAGGUAUUAUAAUAAAUACAAUAUUUUUAAUUUUAUGUAUUUAUAUUUGAUAACCUUAUCUAUAUAUACCUAUAUUUAUACCUAUUUUAGUUCGCGAUGGUGACACUGUUAAACAUUACCGAAUCAGACAACUUGAUGAAGGUGGAUUCUUCAUUGCACGACGCACGACUUUUAGAACUCUACAAGAAUUAGUAGAGUACUACAGUAAAGAUGCAGAUGGGCUGUGUGUGAACUUACGUAAACCAUGUGUACAGGUAAUAUUUAUUACUUAAUGAAAAACAAAAAGUUAUUUGUUUCGUAGGCUUACUAAUGAUUGAAAAUAAAAGUUUGAAUUAGAAUUAUUUUCUAAUCGUAUUUAUAUUUUUUCAUAAUAGGUUGAGAAACCAGUUACUGGUGGUUUAUCUCAUAGUACAAGAGAUCAGUGGGAAAUUGAUAGAUCUUCAUUGAAGUUUGUUCGUAAAUUAGGACAUGGUCAGUUUGGAGAAGUUUGGGAAGGAUUGUGGAACAACACAACACCUGUGGCUAUAAAAACAUUGAAAACUGGUAAAUUAUAUAUAUAUACAUAUUACAUAUUAUAUACAUGUACAUAUUAAUAUUAAAAUUAAUCAAAACUAAUUUUCAAUUAUUAUCUAGGUACAAUGGACCCAAAAGAUUUCUUAGCUGAAGCACAAAUCAUGAAGAAAUUGAGACAUACGAAAUUGAUUCAAUUAUAUGCAGUUUGCACAAUGGAAGAGCCAAUUUAUAUUAUUACUGAACUUAUGAAAAAUGGAAGUUUAUUAGACUUUUUACAAGGUAAUAAUUUGAAUAACCAAGUUCUUUUUUGUAUCAAAAUUAAAAUUGUAUAUGCAAAGUAUAUAAUUUAUAAAACACCUAAUAAUUAAUUCGUGUAAACAUAGGUAAAGGACGAGGUUUGAAACUUCAACAGUUAAUUGAUAUGGCAGCUCAAAUAGCUUCUGGUAUGGCUUACCUUGAAUCUCAAAAUUAUAUUCAUCGUGAUCUUGCGGCCAGAAAUGUACUUGUUGGGGAGAGUAAUAUUGUGAAGAUUGCAGAUUUUGGUCUCGCUCGUCUCAUAAAGGUUAAAAUUCUGAAAACCAUUAUUGAUUGAAAAAUAAAUAUAAUUGAUAUUUUGUUUGAUUUUUAGGAAGAUGAGUAUGAAGCGAGAGUUGGUGCACGUUUCCCAAUUAAAUGGACUGCACCAGAAGCUGCUAAUUACAGUAAAUUUUCAAUAAAAUCUGAUGUUUGGUCAUUUGGAAUUCUACUUACUGAAUUGGUCACCUAUGGGCGUAUACCUUAUCCUGGUAAAAUAUUAUGCUUUUUUUUUUUUCUUGCCUUCAUCCCAACAAUUUGGGGUUGUCCACCUUUGUUUUAAAUUUCCACUUAACCCGAUCUUCCACUUCGUAUACAUUUGCUGUCCUAUCAUUCUCAUUUGCGCCCAAUCACCUCUUUUUCGGUCUUUCUCUUCAUCUCAAUUACAAUUCUUUCCCCUUCAGAUUCCUUCAUGAUACGCCUACCCUAUCCCAGUCUAUUUUCUCUCAUUUUGUCUACUAUCAAUACCAUGCCUAAGUUACCUCUUAUAUAUUCAUUAAUAUCCUAACCCUACUCAUCUAAUAUGUUUAAUAAAUAAGAUUUACAAAUUGUAUUAGUAAUUAGUAGUUACAGAAUUAUUACACUACCAGGAGGCUACUUAAGGUUAACACUAAUAAAUAAUUUGCAAUACAAAUAAAGUUUUCAAAUUAAUAUGUAUUUACAUUUAUAUCUGAUGUAACAUAAUGUCGAUUUCAGGCCAGUUUCAUGAAAUAUUUGAAUAUAGUUUUUGUAUACACAAAAUAUGUACAAAAAUAAAAUAUCUUAUUUAAUUUAGAUACUAUUUGAAUACAUUUAAAUUUUUUUUUCACAAUUAUUUUAGGUAUGACCAAUGCAGAGGUAUUGCAUCAAGUCGAGCAUGGUUACCGAAUGCCAAUGCCACCUAAUAGUCCAACGGCGUUGUAUGAUAUCAUGUUAGAAUGUUGGCACAAAGACCCAAUGAAGAGGCCCACAUUUGAAACACUCCAGUGGAAGCUGGAAGACUUCUUUACAAUGGAGGGGUCUGAAUAUAAAGAAGCAUCGGGUUACUGAGAUCACGCCCGCCUCUCGGAGUGGCCUAUGCAACGGGUCAUCGCUCUACAUGGCGCUAAUCCACAAGCAGCCGCCAUAUAUAUGCAACACGCUGCUGCGAUUUAUCACGCACACAAACAUCAACAACACCAUUUGCACAACAUCUAUCAUUAAAAUUUGCUAGAUAUGUCUUUGACCAUUAUUACUUUUGGUAAGUCAUAAAGAUUUAUAACUUAUAUGUUUAUUUUUUCUUUAUCUGAGGUAUUAAUGAAUUACUUGUUUUAUACUACUUAGUUUUAGAUAACCACUUAUUUUUAUUUUUAUUACAAAUUAUUAGAUACUGUUAUUUUAUUCAAUAUUAGGUUGUAAAAUACUUAGGAUAAAUUUGUUUUUCUUUUGUCUACACAUUUUACUGAAUUCUUAUAUCUUUUUUUUUUAAAAUUUUAAAAAACAUUUGUAUGUAAUAAGUCAUUUUUUUACCAUAAUAAUUAAUAUGCAUAUUUUCAAUGUGUGCAUAAUUAAAAGAAACCCAUUGUUAUACUAGAAAAUUUAGUAAGUAAUAAAUUCAGUAACUGAUGCUCUUCACUGUGUAAUGUUUUAAAACUGUGAUUGUUUUGCUGUUUAUAUGAAACACAAAGAACUCGUGUAUGAUUUAUAAGGAACGGUUAAUCUAAUUUUUUUCUAUAAUUUUGGUAUAUUAUUUAUUAUUUUUUAUUGUAACAGGUGCAAUUAUAACUUGCAUAUAGGAUAAUUUAUAAGUUAACAAUUUCUUAUUUAAGCUCAUUUGCGUACACUCUUGUUCUUUGUACAAUUAUAUUAAACACAAUAUUCAUGUGAUCUGCAUUUGCCAAUUAUUAACACAAUUUUAGUAUAAACUGAAAAACUCAUAUAUUUAUAUUUUGUAUAUUUUAAUUAAUUAUUUUUUUUCAGUAUUAAUCAAAUAACUAGACAAUUUGUUCAUUCAAAUGUACAUAAUUAACAUCAUUAAUGUAUUAAAUUGUAUUAAUAACUUGCUAUGAUAAUGUACAGUUAUUAGUUUAUUACUUUUUGCUAAUUAUAUGUUAAUAAAAAUAGUUGGUAAAUAAGACUUAUACAAUUCAUCACAGUGAUUUAAAUUUUUCUUGGUAAUUUUUCAUAUAUUCAUAAUAUAUACAAAUUAAUUGUUUUGUAAUUUUCAAGCAUUAUUACAAUCACAGUUGAUAAUUUCAAAUGAUAUUUUUUAGAUUACACAUCAUCCCAUUUAUUUUGUGUCUACUGUUUAUAUCAUUAUAGUUAUUGUACAAUUUAUAUUCAUUUUUUUUACUAUCAUUUACUUUUUUUUUUUUUUUUUCAUCAUAUAUUUUAUAUAAUUUUUUUUAUGACUAACAAAAAUUAAUUUUGUGAAAGUACAAAAAACAAAAUAUCCAAAAGGUGUUCUAAACUACUAUGACGAAUUAACGCAAAAAAACAACUAAGUGUUCAUUUUCAGAGCGAUUUCGAGAGGUUUUAAUGUAUUAUUAAAUUUAAUAAUAAUAGUAAAUAGUAAUAAUAAUAAAAAAAAAAAAAUUGUAAAUAAAAUAAUUUUGUUUUCAUCAAAUUUUUUGUAUUUUUGUGUGCAAACUAGAAUAAAUUGAUGUACAAUGUUUUAAUAAUUCGAACAAAGAAUAUUUUAUUUUUUACCUUUUUUAAACAUAAAUUUUCUGUAAUUAUUAUUAUUAUUACUAUUAUUAAUUUUAUUUGUAUUUUCUAGUUCCUUAAAUUUUAUUCAUUUACAAAUUUGUUAACAUGUAUAUUCCAAAAUUUUAAUAUAUAUAUUUGUUAAAAAAAAAAAAAGACAUCUUAUUGCAAUCUUAAUGACAAAUGACCUAAUUAUUAUUAUUAUUAUUAUUAUUAUUAUUAUUAUUGUUUUAUUUGUAAAUAAUGUCUACAAUUAUAAUUAUACAAUUUAUUAGUAUUAUAAUAUAGCUUUAAUUAUUAAUCAUUAUUAUGGGACAAUUUAUUAUAAAUAAAAUUUUACCUACAAAUGUCUUUAUUUUUUAGAAUAGCAUAAUUAUUAUACAAUGUUAUGUAUCUGGUAAAUAUACUUGCAAAUUUAUAGAACAUUUUGUUUUUAAAAUUAAAAUAUUCAUACUAAUUGUUUUAUAAUAUUGUAUUGAUACAGUUCUUUAAGUGACAUAUCAUUCCUUCAAUCGUAUAUUUGACUAC